AUGUUUGAAUUUCUACCUGUUGAUGUAGUGUUUGAAAUUUUUCGUUAUUUAUCUCCUAUUGAAAUUCUUCAAACAUUUUUAUCAUUGAAUAAACGUUUUUCAUCAAUUGUUAUGUAUGAGUAUAUGUGGCACAUCCAUAUUGGUGAAAAUAGAAUGUCGUUAUCAAUGUUCAAUGAUUUUUGUCAAAAUGUAUUAAGAUUGAUAGGAAUUCGAGUUGUGUCAUUAAGUUUAACAUUAACUAAUAUUAUUGGUGGAUGGUCACUUAUUUCAUCAUCUCUAAAAUAUCAUAAAACAAUAUCACUGCGACGUCGUCAUCUGAUUAAUAUUCAACCACAUGAAUUUGAUAAAUUAUUAAGUAAUCAUUCAAUAAAACAAUUACAUAAUUUACUGGUCGAUUUGACGGAAAAUAGCUUGUUCAACAAUCAAGUAGUGGAAGGAGCAUACCUAGCUAAGGUGUGUUCAUGUCUGCCCACUUUAACAAUCUGUCGACUUCCAUUUGAUUUUUGUCGUAGAACUCGUCAACAAUUACCAAAAUAUUCAGCAUUAUCACUGAUGACUUUACCAAAAUUAUCAGAUACAAAUCAUCUUCGUACAUUGAUCAUAGGAAUAAAUACGUCAGCCUUUCUAGAACGUUUAUUAAAAUGUAUACCUUUUAUUGAAAAUCUUUCGGUUGGUAUAGAAGAUGAAGAAUUGCCCAAUGAUAAUCAGUUUGACACUCAAACAUUAACUGUUACUGUUGAUGCUCGUCUUCUGUGUCGUCUAUCACGUAUUAGCUUGACCUGUAUGAAUGCAAUAAGUUUCUAUCGAACCAUUGCAUUUUUAGUACCUGUGUUUGGUCAAUUAAAACAUCUAUCACUAAAAUUAGAUAUAUAUGCGCAAGUGCCUGAUUCAGUGGUCAUAUCAGGUGAUACUAUUCAAAGAUUAUGUAUUGAUCGUCUCAAUCCAUUAGCAACGUUUACUCUUAAUAUAUCGGCCAUUAUCAAGAACGACAUAAAGGAUAAAGUAAUUCUCAACUCAUAUUUGAAAGCUCCAUUUGUUAAUCAACAACAACCAAAAGUAGUUGUCCAUGAUAAUGUUACUAUGAAUAUUUCUCGUGAUAACAUCUUCAAACGUACACGUCAAAUGUCAAUUGAAGGAUUAGACUUGUUUCUACUUACUGAUGAGUUAUCCAUGAGCAUUUUUCAGAAGAAUAAAUAUCUCUCUAGUCUUGGUGAUUGUGAAAGUUCUGUAUUGUCAUUGGUUUCAUGGUCAUUGACAAGAAAAAUUAGAAUUAAUGAUGGUGCUUUUGUUAGUGCAGCUGAAUUAAAAAGCAUAUUACAAAUGGCUUACAAUGCAGAUACCCUAAAUAUAUAUGAUACUACGGGUACUCUACCUCGACUGAUAUUACGUAACACUGAUCAUCUCGGAACUCGUAUCAAGCAACAAGUGAGUGUUUCUAUUUUAAAAGAGAAACCUUAG